CUCGCACCGAUCUCCUCUCUCUCUCUCUCUCUCUCUCUCUCUCUCUCUCUCUCUCUCUCUCUCUCUCUCUGUUUAUCUUUCUCUCUCUCUCUCUCUGUCUACCUCUCUAUCUCUCUUCCCCCAAAUAUUUAGACCCAUCUUUGUGUGACCUUUCCCAAACAUCAGGUCUAAUCCACUUUUCACCUUCUUGCAAACUACUUCUCAGACUCGCGAAGACAAAGUCAUGGGCUGGUCAAAGGUCUCGGAACGCCGCUGGGAGCGCCCCGUGAGUGGAUUGGAGAGCUACUUCAUCGUCACGGGGGUUGCCUCCGCGGCCCUUUGCGAGGGUCGCCAGCACUAUACCAUCUUUUCUAAACUGAAGGUUGAGAUCGACGCCGUGGAUGUCGAGUCUGCGUUGAAGCAUGCCUGGAAGCAGCUACGCCACGAGCAGCCUCAGAUCGCGACUACGAUAGAAGGCACAAACAAGGUCUACGAGGUCCCUGAUGAGGCAGCCCUGCAGGAAUGGCUUGCAUCGACCUUCAUCGUGUCGCCGGCCUCGGACGCAGAGGAGCUGUACGCCAGUACUGCGCCAAUCAACCAGGCCACACUGUACUACGUCCCUAAGUCGUCCGAGCUCUUGAUCCGGGCCCACCAUUAUACACUGGACGGGGUAGGCAUGUUGCUUCUUUGUCACAGCUACCUGAGUGCUCUGGCGGCGCCGGUCAAGGACCUCAAGUUUGGAGACGAGUAUACUCGAUUGGUGCCCACCGUUGAAGAGGUCCUCGGGCACACAGGGCCUCUCACGCCAGAGCAGACAGCCAAGGCUACCGCGGAUUUCGGGGGCUGGAUGGCCAGCAUUCCGGGCAUUGGCCCUGUUUCGAAAGUCGGGACCGUGCCAGCGGGCAAGUGUCAGAACACGGAACUAGUCUUUCCCACGCGGACGACAGAGGCGAUCAUCAACAGGUGCAAGAACAAGGGAAUCAGUGUCACCUCCGCCGUGCACGCAGCGUAUGUCCAGGCAAUCGUCAGAAAUGCGGACCCCAGCUGCACCAAGGACCACUACGCGAACGCAAACCAGUUCAACUAUCGGCCAUACCUGCCCGCACCAUACAACACGAGCCAGUAUGCAGCAUCCGUCUUCUACACGCCGUACCCCUACAAGUUAGACCUACCCGCUUCCUAUGAGGAGACAGCACAGGCCUUGAACACGCACUACAAGACUUUGAUCAAAAAUGACCCCGAGAUCUUGGUGCGGCAUGGCGAUUUUACAACCAUGUUGAGCAACGCCAUCCAAACGCCCGAGUUUCAGGCCCAUCCCAUCUCUCGGGAUGCGCUGGUGAGUAGCCUGGGGAUUGCCGAGCAGUACCUGCAGCGCACAUACGGCAGAAGCAUCACCGUCCGAGAUAUCAAGACGGGCGUCGACGUUGUCCUGGGCAUGAGCAUGCUUUUCAUCUACACCUUCCACGACCAGCUCCGGUUGCUGUAUUGCUUCAACGACGGGUAUGAGGAGGCAUCCAAUAUUGACACCUAUCUGGAGGACUUGAAACGGAUUCUCGUCGAGGAACUGUUGGCAUAAUGGGUUCGGUUCGACCAUGGAGGCGCGAUAGGCCGCCUCAGCCGCAAAAAGAGAGGCAUUCUUAAGGGACUGUGAUAUAGUAUAAUAGUUAUAACCACUAGCCACUAGACAGCCGUAGUGUCGGGACCAGCUGAAGAUGAAGCAAGCCCCUUUGAACGAUCCGCCAUCACAGCCUUAGCAGUCGUUCCGUUGGUGUAGACGCACUGGCGCAAUUCCUUCCAUAUAAUGAUCCUCCCGUAACAGAUACAGCACAAUGAUCUUUACACUCUAGGGUCCAAA